AUGUGUGCCAGCCUGACAGUUUGCGAGUGGAAGAAAGUUUUCUAUGAGAAGAUGGAGGUUGCAAAGCCAGCAGACAGCUGGGAGCUCAUCAUAGACCCCAAUCUCAAGCCUGGGGAGCUGGCCCCUGGCUGGAAGCAGUAUCUGGAGCAGCACGCCUCAGGCAGGUUCCACUGCUCCUGGUGCUGGCACACCUGGCAGUCGUCCCACGUGGUCAUUCUCUUCCACAUGCACCUGGACCGCACCAAACGGAUGGGCUCAGUGCGCAUGCGUGUCUUCAAGCAGCUGUGCUACGAGUGCGGCACGGCGCGGCUGGACGAGUCGAGCAUGCUGGAGGAGAACAUCGAGGGCCUGGUGGACAACCUCAUCACCAGCCUGCGCGAGCAGUGCUACGACGAGGACGGUGGCCAGUACCGCAUCCACGUGGCCAGCCGCCCACACAGUGGGUCGCACCGUGGCGAGUUCUGCGAGGCCUGUCAGGAGGGCAUCUUACACUGGAAGCCCAGCGAGAAGCUGCUGGAGGAAGAGGCGGCUACCAACGCCUUCCCAGACGCCUCCAAACCAAGGGCCCUGGCGAGCUUGGGCUACAAUUUCUUCUCCCUUCGUUGGUGCCUCUUCUGGGCAUCCCUAUGUCUGCUCGUGGUCUACCUGCAAUUCUCCUUCCGCAGCUCUGCCUUCUUUUAA